UUGCGUGCCACUACAGAACUUGACCAAGACAUUCUCAAUGACUGCCUGACUAUCCAGCCUAUUCAGGUCCCUUCAUCUCCCCAUGAUGUUUCAGCCAGCACUGUCCGACAAUCACCAGGACAUGUCCAUGACAUUUACUCAGCUACCAUAUUCUCCAGUGUUCAUUCAAAUCAAAGUGGAACUGCUGUGGGCAAUGAACCCUCCUCGCAUGCUGUGAGCCACACUUCACCGAGGCCCAAUGUUCACGACAGCCCUCACAACCCAUCAACAGGGGAUCCAGGAACAGAGAGCCCUGGAAGAAUUCUUCCUCCUCCUCCUUUAAUGCAGAAGAGAACAUCACAGCCUUCAACAGCCCAGCAACUUGGAGAAGUGCAUUUGAAGAUGAAUGAUUCAUUAAGCAAUCCUUCUUUCCAGCCAAACAGCAUUCAAAUCCAAGGUGUUUAUGGACAACUACAAACUUUCUGUUCCCCUCAUUAUACUGACAAUCAGAGAAAUAUACAGCACAUUGGAACUUGUAAUAUGGUCCCUCCUUUUGAAGACUGUCUUGUACCCACAUCUAUGGGUCAGGCAGGUUUUGAUGUUUUCCAUAAAACAUUUUCAGCACAUUCUGGUAUUACAGUUUAUGAUUUUCCAUCAGCCUUUGGUGAUUCAUUGUGCAAUGGGAUUGAGGACCCAAGUUUCCUCCAUAUAAAUGCUGUCGAUCGGUGCCCUAGUCAACUUUCUUCAGUUUAUACAGAAGGCUGAGGAAGGGCAGACCACAACCUUGUGUAUCAUUCCAACCAUUCAGUCUACUAUAGAUCAUCUUCUGUUGGUCAGCACAGCUCUGAAACUACUUGCUGAAGAAAUAAAACAUUACCAGAAAGAACCCAACUUCACAGCUGCAGCUAAUAUAAGGUGUUGCAAGAUGUUAGUUAAAAUGAGAGCAAUUGCUCUUUAAUUUGACCUUUUCUAUUGCAAAACAACUUCUAAAAGAGAAUGAAUUACUCUACUGCUUGGUAUAUUUUUUAAUGAAUUGUUGGAAUUUUAAGUUUUUAAAACUCUCUUGUAGGAAUUCUAAAAAUUGUCAACAACAAUAAAUCUCUCACAAAAGCAGAUUUCUAGAAUAAAAAGCUUGUCUUGCAGUGCUUUGAAAUCUAAGCACAGAAUGUCACAGGAUGGAGGGUGAAAAGGGAUUUUUUCUUUUUUUUUGGUGAUAUGCUGUGAUAUCAGCUGCUGGUGAUAAUAGUACAAUUUGAGUUUCUUUUCAGCAUCCAGUAUUAACUGUUAGCUUAAAGAGAUGUGUUGGUGAUUUCUUAGCAGUGCUCACUUGAAGAGAA